CCUUGUUCAACAAAUCCUAAUAUAUUCUUCCCUCUUCCCUCAACCUCUCGAUCGUUCCAUAAACCUCGAGUACUUCAUCACUUGUUGCCAUUUCCUUCUCAAAAAUGAAGAACCCAUGUCUCACUCUAGCCUUCUUGGGCAUCCUCGGUAUCAUAGUAUUCUUCCCUAAACCCUCUUAUCAACUCUCUGUAGAUCUAGAUCUUCCGCCCAUCCCAAACCCUAGACUCCUGAAGGCUUACAUAGCUCUCCAAGCCUGGAAGCAUGCAAUCACCUCCGACCCCAAAAACUUUACCUCAAAUUGGUGUGGCCCAAAUGUUUGCAACUACACAGGAGUCUAUUGUGCACCAGCCCCAGAUGACCGUGACACCUUAACAGUUGCUGGUAUAGACCUAAACCAUGCAAAAAUAGCUGGUUCUUUGCCAGAAGACCUUGGCCUCCUCACUGACCUAGCUCUCUUCCACAUAAACUCCAACCGCUUCUUCGGCUCCAUCCCUGGUAGCUUUUGCGAACUCAACCUCCUUUAUGAGCUUGACGUUAGCAACAACCAAUUUAGUGGUAAAUUUCCUUCUGUUGUUCUUUCCCUGCCUUCACUCAAAUUUCUUGAUAUAAGAUACAAUGAGUUUCGAGGCAAGAUCCCUUCUAAACUUUUUGAUAAAAAUCUUGACGCACUUUUCAUUAACAACAACAAAUUCCAAUCAUCCGUACCUAAAAACUUAGGCAAGUCUCCAGUUUCGGUCAUUGUAUUGGCAAACAACAAUUUUAAUAGUUGCUUCCCUUCAAGUUUGACAAAAAUGGCAGGGACCCUUGACGAGAUAAUCCUGACGAACAUGGGAUUGACUGGUUGUUUGCCAUCAGAUAUCGGGUUGAUGAACCAAUUGACAGUUUUCGAUGUAAGCUCCAACAAGCUUGUGGGUUCACUGCCAGAGUCUAUAGGAGACAUGAAAAAGUUGGAGCAGCUGAAUGUGGCACACAACAUGCUUUAUGGUGACAUUCCACGAAGCAUAUGCUUAUUGCCUAGGUUGGAGAAUUUCACAUACUCUUACAAUUACUUCUGUGGUGAGCCACCAGCGUGCCUCAAGCUACAAGCCAAAGAUGAUACGGAGAACUGCAUACCCUAUAGGCCUUUGCAGCGAUCACCUCAGGAAUGCAAGUCCUUCUAUGCUUUUCCUCCCAGCUGCAGUGCCUCCGGGUGCUCACCCCCACCCCCACCUCCUCCUCCUCCUCCUCCACCACCCCCACCGCCUCCACCCCCACCGCCUCCUCCACCUCCACCGCCUCCACCUCCUCCUCCUCCUCCUCCACCCCCACCCCCACCUCCUCCACCCCCACCCCCGCCUCCGCCUCCGCCACCACAUAAAUUUUAUUAUCCUUGACCGUCGUAGAGACUUUGAUUAUAAACAGGUUGAUUUCUUUCUUUUCUUGAAGGGGAAAAAAAAACAGUGAUUUCUUGAUUUCUUCUACUGGCCGAUCUCUUUUGAUAGCUACACCAAGGGAAAAAAGAGGGGAUGUAGAAUGCUUGAUUUUGUUUCGCUUUCAUUUUCAUUUACAGGAAAAUAAAAGGCUCAAUUGCGUUGUCGUUAUUAAUUGGUCUGUAUAUUAGUAUAUAUAUUUCUUGAAUUGAAAAAGUUAUGCUUCUGUGACGCAGGAUUUCUUUUAA